UGGCUUGGUUUGAGUUUGGAGUGAGGCAGUGAUUUGAAGCUGCGGGCGAGGUUAAUUCAGGCUACGGUACCAUCCUCUCCCAAUGAGGGCAGUCUGCCCCCCUCCCUUCCUCUUCCUCCUCCUCCCCGCCCUUGCCUCCCUCCUCGGCAUCCUCCAUUUAACAGCCCCGCCGCAUUGGCUACCACCGGCCAAACUAGGGCUAAACUCCAUCCCACGUCUCACCGCCAGGCUGACGGCUUCUUAUGGUGUAUAAAACAUGCCCAGUGUCACGGUGAAAGAUGUCAACCAGCAGGAGUUUGUCAGGGCUCUGUCUGCUUUCCUCAAAAAGUCUGGCAAGCUGAAAGUCCCAGAAUGGGUCGACACCGUGAAGCUUGCCAGGCAUAAGGAGCUGGCUCCCUGUGAUGACAACUGGUUUUACACCAGAGCAGCAUCUACAGCUCGUCACCUGUACCUGCGAGGAGGUGUCGGGGUGGGCUCCAUGAUUAAGGUCUAUGGGGGGCGUCAGAGGAACGGCGUGUGCCCCGCCCACUUUAGCGUGGGCUCCAGGAAUGUGGCGAGGAAGGUCCUCCAGGCUCUGGAAGGCCUCAAGAUGGUGGAGAAAGAUCCAAAUGGUGGACGGAGACUUACCCCUCAGGGCCAGAGAGAUCUGGAUAGGAUUGCUGGACAGGUUGCCUCGGCAAACAAGAAACAGCGAAGUUUACAGAGCGCCAUCUGAGGAAUGCAUGCAAAGAAUCCAGACAAGUGAAAUGCAGAAAUGCCUUCCUGCUUAUUUACUCAAGUUUGCUUGUCUCCCAUAUCACGCCAGUGCCAGCAGUAGCCAAGUACAAAAGGCAUUUCAUAGAGAUGCAUGUAUCUAUAGCACACUAAGUACAAGAUAAAUAUUGUGCGUGGAUGAUUUGUGUUUUUGUGUUGAUAAUGAAUGUUGAGACAAAAGUGGCCUUGUGACACAGAAACACUGAGAACACAGUAUUACCAAGCAGGAGCAUGUUAGAAUUGUUUCGCCAAUAACUGUGAAACUCUACACAGAAAAACAACACAAAUGCAAUGGAUGCUAAUGUGUAUUUUUAUUUAUUCGUCCAGUGUUUUGUCUUUACAGAAUGUAAUGCUUGAACAUGUUAUUUAUGAGAUGUAUGUGAAUGACGUUGAUGCAAAAGGUGUUCUAAAUAAACAGAGUACGAGCACUGGA